GAACUGUGCAGAGAGGAGGUGGAGUCGGCUCGCGCUUCGCCUGGCGCAGAGUGCGCGCGGAAUUCAGCCCUUCCGGACACCGCGCGACUCGAGGGAGCGCAUCUGCGGCCGGCUGAACGCCGCACGGACACUUGUGUCUGUCUACCGUUCAUAUCAAUUCACACUGUCCUGCUGAUCCACCUCUGUCACUGAUAGAAAUUCAUAAAGGAAGAUGGUGUGUAUGGAAAGCUGAUGUGAGGAUCUGAAACUCUGUUUCCAGGGUGAUGAGCUGUGUGCUUUAAAAAUAUUGAAUAUUAUGGGCUGUGCUUGCUGUAAGCAGAGGAAGGCCAGUAAAGCUGUGUCGAAUCCCAACUCGUGGGACACAGGCAAUGGGACCCAGGCAUCAGAACCCUCCCGUUACAUCAUCGAUCCCACUUUUAACUCUGGGAUGAUCCCAAACUUUAAUGAUUAUCCAAACUCUGCUCCCUCAUCCACUCUCAACCCAUCCCGCCCAGCCCCCAUCACAGGAGGUGGUGUAACGCUCUUUAUAGCCCUUUAUGACUAUGAAGCCCGUACAGAGGAUGACCUGAGCUUCCAGAAAGGAGAAAAGUUCCAUAUUAUCAACAAUACCGAGGGUGACUGGUGGGAGGCUCGUUCUCUGGACACAGGGAAGUCUGGGUACAUUCCUAGUAACUAUGUGGCCCCUGUGGACUCCAUACAAGCUGAGGAGUGGUAUUUUGGGAAGAUGGGCCGGAAGGAUGCAGAACGACAGUUGUUACCGCAGAACAAUCCUAGAGGGACAUUCUUAAUACGAGAGAGCGAGACAACAAAAGGAGCAUACUCUUUGUCUAUCAGAGACUGGGAUGAUGCAAAGGGCGAUCAUGUCAAGCAUUAUAAAAUUAGGAAGCUGGACAAUGGUGGUUAUUACAUCACAACAAGGACACAGUUUGAUACCGUCCAGGAGCUGGUGGAGCAUUAUACAGAGCGUGCAGCAGGGCUGUGCUGCCGUUUGAUUGGCAGCUGUAGGCGGGGCAUGCCUAAGCUGGCUGACCUGUCAGUGAAGACAAAGGAUGUUUGGGAGAUUCCCAGGGAGUCACUUCAGCUCAUUAAGAAACUGGGCAAUGGCCAGUUUGGUGAAGUGUGGAUGGGCAUGUGGAAUGGCACAACUAAAGUUGCAGUGAAGACCCUGAAGCCAGGCACCAUGUCUCCAGAGGCCUUCCUGGAUGAGGCCCAGAUCAUGAAGAGGCUCCGUCAUGAUAAACUGGUACAGCUGUAUGCUGUGGUGUCUGAGGAGCCCAUCUACAUCAUCACUGAGUUCAUGAGUCAAGGAAGCUUGUUGGACUUCUUGAAAGAUGGAGAUGGCAGAAAUCUAAAAUUGCCCCAACUUGUGGAUAUGGCAGCUCAGAUUGCUGCAGGCAUGGCCUAUAUUGAACGGAUGAACUACAUCCACAGAGACCUGCGAGCUGCCAAUAUCCUGGUUGGAGAAGGUCUGGUCUGUAAGAUUGCAGACUUUGGGCUAGCUAGACUCAUCGAGGACAAUGAGUACACAGCUAGACAAGGAGCAAAGUUUCCGAUAAAGUGGACUGCCCCAGAGGCUGCGCUUUAUGGUAAAUUUACCAUCAAAUCAGAUGUGUGGUCUUUUGGUAUUCUGUUGACUGAGCUCAUCACCAAGGGCAGAGUGCCUUACCCAGGGAUGAACAACAGAGAGGUUCUGGAGCAGGUUGAGCGUGGAUAUCGAAUGCCGUGUCCGCAGGGCUGCCCAGCAUCUCUGCAUGAGUUGAUGCUGCAGUGCUGGCGGAAGGAUCCUGACGAGAGGCACACCUUUGAGUACCUGCAGAGCUUCCUGGAGGACUACUUUACUGCUACUGAACCCCAGUACCAGCCUGGAGAAAACCUGUGAUAGACGCAUAUACACCUAAGUGCAUUAGCUCAAUAUAUCCUUCAGGAAAGAUGCUAUUGCCUUUACUUUCUAUCACAGUACCUCCAUAAACUGAUUUUGAUCCAUGGCCCUGCAAUCACAAGCUCCAAUUGAGCAUGCUUUAGUCCAGCUUCUCAUUCCGUGCUUCAAAUUAAAAAAAACUUUCGUGCUCUCAAACAGCAAGACUGGGUCACUUAAGUCUGAACUAAUACAGUGGUCAAUGUUAAUAUUGGUUCUUUAACUUAAAAUACAACAGCACAUAUUAUACAGCAUAUUAAUACUUCAUCUCUCCGUUAAGCAAUAGCAAUUAGUUACCUAUUCAAUCAUAUUACUAUAUCCACCACUGUAUUUGUAUGUUCUGUCACUUGUAGACUAUUCAAGUCAUUUCUAAUGGGUGCCUAAGUGAAGUUAUUCUAGCCAACAGAACAUUUUGCUCUGAUAUACAGGUGGAACAGAAAAUCUCUACUAGACAUUCAAUAGUGACCUGGAUAACUGCGAUUUUUUUUUUUUACAGACCUAUCUAAUUGGUGGUAUGUUUUGUGAUUAAUGUGAUAUACAGGUCUAAACUCCAAUCACAGAGAAAGCUCUUCCAGCUCAAGAGCAAGGCUACACAAACUUUUUUUUUUUUUUUUUUACAUGCGAGUCAGCUUCCGAAUGUGCAUUUUUGAAUGUAACAAUUCAGUCUUUCUUUUUUGUCUGGCAAAAGUAAAUUGAAUGCAAUGGUCUUGAUAUUCUGAAGCCAAAAAUGAAAUCUUGAAUUAUCAGAGUAUGUGUCUCAAUGCACAGCUGAAGAGGAUGCAGGUUGCAUUUGUUUCUUUAGGCCGUGUUCUCUUAGCUAGUCGUGUUAUUGCUUUAUAAUAAUCCUUUUUGUUUAACUUUUAAGUUUAACUUUGAAGCUAACAAUCUUGUAUUAUCAUAUUAAAGAUCAAUUCUGUUGUAUAAUAGUGGGCUUUAUUGUAGAUUUAAAGACACAGUAUUGACAUUCAGAAAAAAAAGUCAUUCAGAGCUGUCUUUUAAAAUGAGAAGAAAAACUGUUUUUUUUUUUUUUUUGUUUCCAGCAUUUUACACUGUAUUUUACAUUUUACAUCAUAUCUCAAUGAUUUGGAUUAUAAUUUAAGUGGAUAUCAAGCCUGUGCCUUUAUUCAGGGCCAGUGAUAUUCUACAGGGAUAGACUGUAACCCUGAACUGAAGAAUGUGUAUUACAGUUAUGUAAUUGUUUGUGCCAUUUUAUUAUACUGAGCUUACUGAACUGAACAAGUUCAACUAACAACUAACAAGUUUCUUUUACUCUGCAUGCACAUCAUACACUCUUGCAGAAUGCGCUCACCUUUACUUGUAUAGUGCUUUAUGUAGUCUUUAUAAAAUAUAGAUGGUUUUAAAGCAGCUUCAGUAAUAAUCAGAAUCAAUGAUGCAACAGGCAAAUCCAAAAUCUGCUGUGAAGAAUCUCAAAUAAAGUGUGCUUCAAAGACCGAGACAAACGCUCAAUUGCUCACGGCUGCAUUCAUAUGCUCUCCAGUUUGCUGUCCACAAGAUGGCAGAAGAACCGUAAUGUAGAGACUGGGAGAUGUGCAGGGUUUUUAGUAUGCUGUAUUGGUUUAUUAAUUAUCCUGCUGGGGUUUGUAGUCAUGAUGGUACAUUCAUACCUGCACUGAGCUGGCACUUUGUUCUUGCUGCAGAUUUGAGUUUUACGUUUAUAAAUUAAACCGCUUGUUGCAUCUACAUUUUGCUGCAGCAGGGUAGCGUGUUCCUCUGCAGCCCUGGGGAUGUGUGUUGAUUAAUUUCUAGCACAUUUCAGCAUUCGUCUGUUUAUAAAAAUCAGAUGUAACAAAAAAAGGAAUAUAGGUGGUGGAGCAGGAACUUAACAGCUGUGUAGCUUCAGAUAUGCAGAUUAAUGUAGGUUGACUUUGUUUUGAGCUGAAUACGUUCUUGCAGUCUGCGUUUUUAGAUUUCUGGAUGUUUAUUCUUUAUUUAGAAUACACAUCUAUUAAGCAAACACUUCUUCCCAAAGUGAUUUAAUGAUCUCUUUUUUUUUUUUGUAUGAAAUUUUAUUUGCACACAGACACUUUUAAACUGUCUGUUUUAAUCUACCCCCGUUUUAUAGUGAGGUACCAAAUGUAAAAAAAAAAAUCAACAUAUGAAGCUCAUUUUCCCUAACCUGUAUACUACUAUCAUUGUGUAUGAGCCUAUAUAAUGCUAUAAUCAAAACAAAAGAGUUCUCUGUGGGCCUAUUGGGUGCUGUAGGAACAGCCCAACUGAAUACAUCAAUGCAAUCAA